AUGGAUGCGCCUGUCGAAACGCAUCUCGAGUCCACCGAUAAUGCCGGCCAUGCCCCAAACAAACUCCCGGAAUUAUCACGAUCACAAACAAACUUACUUGUAGAUGGCCCGCCUGCUGCUUCGCCCAACGACUUGAAGAGAGGCAAAUCUCUGCGCACGCGUCCUGAUGUUGUCCGCCAACAGAGCCAUGGUCUUCCUCCCACUCCGCUGAAAGACUCUGCACAGCGACCUGAGUUGCGCUCUCGUGUCUCGUCCAAAAUGCCCCUGUUCAGCCUCUUCAGCAAGCCCAAGGUUGAAAAGCUACGAGGAUAUGCAGAGCCUGGCCUGGAAUCCCCACCUGGUCCUCCACGUGCGAACUCGAACAGCGCUGCUACCCUCCAAAAGCCUGACAUCGCUGCACGCGUGCAGAAUGCAGACGCCGAGCAAGGACGAGUACGGCCAACCACGUCGAGGUCAUACACGGGACGAGGAGCCAGGCAUAUGCCUUUAAAGGAGCCUCUUCCACCUCUACCGACUGAUCGCAAACUUCGAUCGUUCGACCCCCCUCCCUUGUUCCAGGUCUGGCCGCAGUCACGAAAGUCAGGAGUACUGGAAGUGUCGUCAGUGACUACUGAACCGUCCUCACACAAGGCAAAGAGUCGUACAUCUGGCGGAUUGUUUGAGCAAGGAAGCAAUCUGUCGUCGUUGAACAUUCCUGGCAAUCGAGGAAGCGGAACCACGGUCAAGUCAGCCAUCAGGCAUGCUGCUAGCGGAUCGAUAUCGAAUCAAAGGUUGCCAGAAAGGAUCUUCGUAUUGACGACAUCCGGAUUUCUCUUACAGUAUGCGAGUGAAGGGCCCACUGAUCGCUUGCCCGAGAGAAUGCUACAACUCGGAAAGGACUCGGCUGCGUAUGCGUCUGACUUGAUACCUGGCAGACAUCACGUUCUUCAGAUCGCUCAAACAGUCGAUACACAUGGCACCGUAGUCUCCACGCCACACUCGAUUCUCUCCAGAUUUGGAAUACGCAAUCAGGCUGCGAAGCGAUUGUCUUCAAACUUCCUGAUCGUGAUGCCUGGAGCUCAGGAGAUGGAUGAGUGGAUGACCGCCAUUAAGCGGGAGAUCGAAGUCUUGGGAGGCAAACGAGUUCGUUCAGAUUCUGAGACAUCCAAGACGAACAGACCGAAGACGGGAGAACCACCCAAGAUCGACCUCAAGAAAACGCCUAGCCAGAGCCAUCGUUACCAAGUCAAACGGGACCCAACAAAGCCUUCUAUCGUCACAUCACCUAGUAGUGAAGUGCUCGAAGCAUUUCCUCCGGUGCAAACUGGUCAAGAUGACGCAGCUGCGGUGCAUUCGGACCAUACGACAGACGUAACGAACGAAGUGUAUACAACGGCAGCGGAGGAUCAAGAAGUCAAGACCAGACCCAGAGCUCCUUCUGACACACCGUCGAACAGCUCAUCCACGAGCAUGUCUGUUGAGCAACAGCAGCUUGACAAACUCCGCAACAGCGUGCGAGCCUCACAUUCAACUGUCGCCACCAGCGUUGCUGCCGCUUCUCGCACAAACUCCAUCACCUCGACACCGCCUUCUGACCUGCCGAAAGAAAGCUCCGAAGGCGCAAGAGAUGUUGCUGCCAGCAAGGUGCCCUAUCGAAGCCUUUCGUCGUACACCUUGGCUAAGAGACGGUCAGCUGCACCUCUGUCUCUGAAAGAUACGCAUCUUCCUGAAAGCACCAAAGCCGACGACGCAUUGCAACAGAAACUUGCCGCAUUGGAGGGAACGAUCGAGUCACCGAUCAUGGGCUAUGGCUCGCCGAUGACACAUCCAAACUCAUCUCCAACGCACAACCGUCUAACGGCUCUGCAGGCUCACAGCGUACCGAACCUGAAGGUCACUGCAGACAACGAUACGAGGCGUGAUUCACCGCUUGCAGCAACGCUGGAAGAACGUCCUGAAUCGUUCAUUGCCGACCUGCCUGACCCGACUACCUGGGCGAACAAAACCUCGCCUAGCCACAAGACAGCGACAAUACCGAUGCCACCGCUUCUCGAUACGGCAGCCGCACGAGCCAUACACAAGUCUGACCCUAGUUCGCCUUCAUAUCAAUCGCCUCAUUCUCGGCCACUAAGAAGCAACUCCAACUCCUUCAGCCUUCCACUUCGGGCCCCUGCAGUCGAUGCUACGCCCCCAAAGGCCAACAAGCGCGCAUCGGACGAACCCGAAGUCUUCUCUCCCAUCCCGGCUGUCACGACCUUGACAGCCAAAGUGGACAUCGCGUCAAGAACGAACAUUGAUUCGUCACACAUUCCGGCACGCAAGUCAUCUAUAUCUAGAUCUCCACCAAGGCUUCCAGCCAAGUCGCCGAAACGAUCUCCAUCUGCCAGGCUUUCUUUGUUCCCUACCGCCAGCACCGCUCCACCUCCGCCAGCCAUUUUCGUGCAACAACAGACUAUGGGCCUCAAACGAUCCCCAUCGUCCGCGGUCGUAGAUGUAACUUCACAGGCCCAGGCCAACGGCACGCGCCUUGCCCGACCAACCAGUCUGCAAGUCCGUUCCAACCCUGCGCCUUUCCUGGCUUCUGUGCGCAACAGUGGCGCUCCUACUGGUCAGCCACGAGUAACGACUGUCCCAAUCCGCAGUUUGAAGCCCUCUCGUUCCAUUGCGACCAUGCAAACCGUACGAACCACGCCAGCCUUCAACCCCAACACCCCAAAGCUGGUCGAAGAGUCAGCCGACCUUCCCAUGACUUUGCUAGGCCAGCUUCCAGAGACUCUCCCUGCCAAUCCACCACCCCGUACCCGGCGGGCUCCACGCAGUCGCACCUCGCUCCCAUCGAUUGACUUUGGUGUGUCCCUAGCCGGACUGGGCCCACCGGCGCCGCCACCCCAAGCCCCUCUGCCAGAGAUUCCCACUGCAGUAAGCCGACCGCAAAGUCCUGAGAAUGUCAUCCGCAGGCAGCACCCAAUGAUACCAAUCGGCAUGGCCAUCAGCGAGACCAUAGCCGAAGAGAAAGAGAAGCCCACUGCUGCGCCUGCAUCAAUGGGUCUAGGCAUCCAAGUCGGUGGCACCGACUAA